AGAGAAAAUAUAGAGGAGGACAGAAGAGAAAAAUUAAACCGGUGGAGUAAAAGAAAGAAAAAAAACUAUGGUGAUGGACUAAACGAAAGGGAAAAAAAGAGAAAAAAAGACUAAAAGGAGACGGAAAAUAGAUAGAAAAGACAGAAAAUAAAAAUAGAAAAUAGAAGAUAGAGGUUAGAAAAUACAAAUACAGAAAGUAAAGUGCAUCGGUGACAGAAACACAUAAACAAAUACGAGGAAAACUCCAAAAAAAAACAUUAGUAGUCCCAGAAAGUAAAUAAUAAAGAUUGAUAUUCGUAAAAAAAAAAUAAGUGAAAUAGUAGGCCUCGCCCUGUCACGAUGCAAAGGAAGAAGUGCCUGAGCAUUGGUAUCAGUUCAGUGGUGAUAAGGAAGAGGAAAAUGUAAUAAGAGACUAUAUAAGAGAUCAUGUGGAAACUUAUUUGCCCGGUGGAAAGGACAUGCCAGCGCGUCAUUGCCAGCGCGUGACGACAUUGAGAGGAAUGACAGUCGCAGGUCUGACUUAAGGGAUGGUAAAUGUCUUGCGAGGAAAAAGUUCAGUAUGGUGUCCAGAUGACUGGCCUCACAGUAACCCCACACCAACACCAGUGACUGAAAAUGACAUCUUUUAAGGAACUGUACACAAAAUUCCGCGGCCUGCUGCAGGAGUCAUGGCUGACCAACGACGUGGCAGCGCACUUCGGCCCCACGGCGACGCUGGACAGCAUGUUCAGGUACUUGUGGUCACGGCCAGAGGCGCAGCAGGAGCUCGUGCCUCCCCCUGGCAACAACCGCAUCAGCAGGAAAGGAGCGUCAGAGGCAGAAAAGUUCCGUAAUGAGGGGAACCGCCUCUACCGAGAGAAAAAACUGGACCAGGCGCUUCUGGCGUAUAAUUACAGCAUCCUGGCGGCCCCUCAUCCAGGUCUUGAAGGAGAAGCAAAGGAGCCCCAGCACGAGGGUCUCCCCCUUGCUUUUGCCAAUCGGUCAGCUGUGCUUUACGAAAUGACCCGAUACAAAGAGGCCCUAGCAGAUGCUGAGAGGGCCCUCUCCCUUGGCUACCCUCCCUCCAAGAGACACCGACUCCACGAACGAAGAGCCAAGUGUCUCCAGGCAAUGGGUAAAAUGGAAGAAGCUAAGGCAGUCCUCGAAGAUACGCUCAGUGCCCUUGCAACGAUGUCCCUGGACGAUAAGGAAGCCACAACCGUCAGGAAGAACAUAACUAAUUUGAAAACCAAGUGCGACAGCAAACAGUCCGUGGCACCCUCCUCCUCCUCCUCCACUCUGCGGUACCAAUACAUCUUCUACACAGGUCCAAAGCGUCCUCCGUCAGUGUCACAUCCUCGGCCAGACCUCCCCUGCCUCAGCGACGCCAUCAGUAUCCAGUAUACACCUAUCCGCGGGCGACACCUGGUGGCAGCGAGGGACAUCGAGCCAGGUGAGGUGUUGGUGCAGGAGGACGCCCUCACUGCCACUGUCAGACUGGACUCCACACUACGCUCCCACUGCUCCACCUGCCUGAGGCGCUGCCCUGCCCCACUCCCCUGUCCCACCUGUUCCCUGAUGGUGUUCUGCAGUGAGGACUGCCAGAGGAAUGGCGUGCAGGGCUUCCAUGGCGCAGAGUGUGCAGCGCUGGCCACACUCGUGUCAUUGCAGCUGGACCCUGCUGCUGCCCUCGCCCUGCGAGUGUUGUCAUCCACCACCCUGCCUGCCAUCAGUACAAAGGUGUCUACAAUACUGAAGGAAGGGAGUGGCUCCAGGCCUUUGCUGAACACAGAGAGGGACUACCAAACUCUGUACCACCUCGAGGGACAUGCCACUGCACGCACAGAAAGCCAACUUCAAGAAACAGCAGCUGUUGCUUGUGUCUUAACACGAAUAUUGUUUGAAAGUUGUCCCUCUUUCUCAAAAGAUGAUGUUGGUCAGUCCAUUGAUAUAACAGAAAAUGACAUCAUGUUGGUGGGCGGCCAGCUGAUGCGCCUCAUUCUGGGACUGGAGUGCAACAUUCACCUCACCAAGGAGGCAGAGGUUGGUGCCAGUGGUUUGGAUAAAGGCCGGGGCCGAGAGGUGGGCUGGUCCGUGUAUGCUGCUCUUAGCCUUAUAAACCACUCCUGUGUCCCGAACACUCUCUCCUCCUCCCAUGGCAAAGUAAAGUUUCUCUACAGCAUCAACGUAAUACCUAAAGGAGCAGAAAUCACAGACAGCUAUGGAGAGAGGUACGUCAGUCACACACGGACAGAGCGGCGAACCACGCUUCAGCAGCAUUACUACUUCUGCUGUGGCUGUGCAGCAUGUCAGGCUGACUGGCCCCUGUACAAAGACCUCCCAGAAAAGCCAAGUUUGCGGUGCCCAUCUUGCUUUCAGGCGCUGUCUGGGCUCACAUGCCUUAUGUGUGACUUAACGUGCACGUCAAAGGCCAAGACAACCACUGGCAUCCAGCUUUAUGACGCCUCGGAUGUCCAAACACAGCUCAACAAGGCCUGGCGGGACUUUGUGAAGGCAUCGAUACAAAUCCAGAAAGGGUAUGUCUCUCCUGAUCUGGUGGAGGCUGUUGUGGCGCUGCUGAAGGUCCUGGACAGGUACACGGUGUACCCCAGCCAGGCGUACAUCAAUGUCCAGGAGGCACUCAUGGCCUGCUUCGACCUCAUGGGCUCUGCCCGCUUCCUCCCUCAAACAGUGAAUAAAAAAUGAAUGAUAUACUUCAAAAGACUCAGGCUUGUAGAGACCAUUCCCAGAAGGAGAGAUACACAAAAUAAUAUCCUGUAAUAACCAUGACCAAGUCCUGGUCAAGCAAAAUUCUAACAUCAGAAAACAGACUAAACAAUGCUGUCCUAAUUUACAUUUUGCUUUAGUCAUGAACAAAUAACACAUAUCCAAACCUUGUACCUGGGCAGACGCAAUUAUAAUGACUCGUUAUGCCCAGUCAAUGUGAUAAAUGCCUUAUAUGUAAUCAAUAUGUUUGAUAUACUUUAUGUUCAUCUGAAUGUAGAGCUAGAAACAAUAAAUAAAUAAAAUGA